AUGCCCUUAUCCUUUGAAAGGUUUCAAGGGGACGGGGUGUUUGGUGUUGUUUCUUCUCUCUAUUCAGAUCCUCAGAAAAUCUGGUUUAAUCAAGACAAAACCGGAAUCAGAAGACAAGAACCAGAGCAAGAAGAUCUUGGUUAUGUUGUCGGUGGUGUUUUACGCGAGCCGACCUCUGUUCUCGACGCUUUAAGGAGUCCUAGCCCUCUCGCUUCCCACUCUUCAACCACCACCAUGACUCUCUCUUCCUCUCACGGCACCACCGCCACCGCCACAGUCGCCGGAGAUGAUAAAUGUUGUCUUGAUGAUCUCGACGGAGGUCAAGAACAGAGCAUCUUAAGGCUUAUAAUGGACCCGGGUUCAGGCUUCGGUGUUUUCGACCCGGGUUUCGGAUUCGGAUCCGGGUCUCUCCCGGUGAACGAUAAUCCUAUGGUAUCCAGUACCUUCCCGUAUCAAGAAGAGCUGAUGUUCUCUAACCCUCCGUCACCUCCGCCGGCGGCGAAACGGUUUAAUUCGGUUAAUUCGGUUAAUUCGGAAUCUCAUCAACCGGUUUUCCCAUUCUCGGAUCCGGAUCCGGGUCUCGUUCGCCGUCAACAGCAAUUCCAGUUCCCGUUUCAGUUCCACCAGCAACAACAACAACUCCCGUCUUCCUCUUUGGCUCCGGUUCCGCCGCCGGGAAUGGCCGGCGAUGACCAAUCAGUCAUCAUCGAGCAGCUAUUCAACGCGGCGGAGCUAAUCGGAAACAGUAACAACAACAACAACAACAACGGCGACCACACCGUUCUCGCGCAAGGGAUAUUGGCGCGGCUCAAUCACCAUCUCACCUACAACAAGAACCCUCCCUUUCAAAGAGCGGCUUCUCACAUAACCGAAUCUCUCCUCUCACUCAUCACCAACAACAACGCAUCUCCACCGUUAAUCUCACCAGAGAAUCUCAUCCUUCGGAUCGCUGCUUACAGAGCCUUCUCCGAAACGUCGCCGUUUCUCCAAUUCGUCAACUUCACGGCCAACCAAUCGAUUCUCGAGUCGUGCAACGACGAGCUAGGGUUUGAUCGGAUCCACAUUAUCGACUUCGACGUCGGAUACGGUGGACAAUGGUCGUCGUUGAUGCAAGAGCUCGCUUCGAGGAGAAGAAACAGAGCAACGUCUCUGAAAAUAACAGUCUUUGCUCCUCCUCCGUCAACGGUCUCCGACGAGUUCGAGCUCAGAUUCACGGAGGAGAAUCUCAGAAGCUUCGCUGGAGAAGUCAAGAUUCCGUUUGAGAUCGAGCUGUUGAGUCUCGAGCUUCUUCUGAACCCGGCUUACUGGCCUGGCUCUCUCCGUUCGUCGGAGAAAGAAGCAAUCGCGGUGAAUCUUCCCGUUAACUCCGUCGUUUCCGGUUACCUUCCGUUAAUUCUCCGUUUCCUUAAACAGAUUUCUCCAAACGUCGUCGUUUGUACAGACAGAGGGUGUGACCGUAACGACGCGCCGUUUCCUAACGCUGUGAUCCACGCGCUUCAGUACUACACUACCCUGAUUGAGUCUCUGGACGCUAAUCAAAGCCAAGAUGAUUCGAGUGUGGAGAGGUUUUGGGUGCAACCUUCGAUAGAGAAGGUGUUGACGAAACGACACCGUUGGAUUGAGAGAUCACCGCCGUGGAGGAGCUUGUUUGCACAAUGUGGGUUUUCUCCGGCGGGUUUGAGUCAGACGGCGGAGGCUCAGGCGGAGUGUUUGUUGCAGAGGAGUCCGGUGAGAGGGUUUCACGUUGAGAAACGACAAGGUUCACUUGUCAUGUGUUGGCAAAGGAAAGAACUUGUUACUGUCUCUGCUUGGAAGUGUUAG